GCAGGUGACGGAAGCUGGGGUGGUGGAGAGCUGGGCGGUCAGGCGUCCUGACUGGUUGGGGCGUCAGGGCCGUGAAGGUAGGACUGCCGGUCCCGGGCGGCGAGUUUCCUGUCUCCAGCUGUCCGCAGUCAGAGCAUGCCCGCCUGACCCCGAGGACCCCCGGCCGGGAUUGCUUAGAGAAGACGCGGCUCCCCAGCACUUGGGCUAGGGCGUCCCUGCCCUCUCCUCCUCUGUCGCUGGAGGACCGCCGGGCUGAGGAGCUGGGAGAAGCAGGCCAGAGCCUUCUAGGGCCUCGGGCCCGGGGACCCGUGGAGGAUGAGCUGGCUCUUUCCGCUGACCAAGAGCGCCUCCUCCUCCGCGGCUGGGUCCCCCGGUGGUCUCACCAGCCUCCAACAGCAGAAGCAGCGGCUGAUCGAGUCCCUCCGGAACUCACACUCCAGUAUAGCUGAAAUACAGAAAGAUGUGGAAUACAGGUUGCCAUUCACCGUAAACAACCUGACAAUUAACAUUAAUAUAUUGCUUCCUCCACAAUUUCCUCAGGAAAAACCAGUGAUCAGUGUUUAUCCACCAAUACGACAUCACUUAGUGGAUAAACAAGGAGUGUAUGUUACCUCUCCAUUAGUAAACAAUUUUACAAUGCACUCAGAUCUUGGGAAAAUUAUUCAGAGUCUGUUGGAUGAGUUUUGGAAGAAUCCUCCAGCUUUAGCUCCUGCUUCAACAGCUUUCCCAUACCUGUACAGUAAAGCGGGUGGGACGCCUCCUUGCGCUUCUCCGGGUUUUCCAUUUCUUCCUCCAUAUCCCCCACAAGAAGCUACCAGGACUGUCGGUUCUUUAUCUGUUGCUGACACUGUUUCUUCUUCGGCGACAAGUCAUACAGCAGCCAAACCUGCUGCUCCUUCGUUUGGUGUCCUUUCAAAUCUGCCAUUGCCUGUUCCCACAACAGACACUGCAGCACCGAUAAGCCAAAAUGGUUUUGGUUACAAGAUGCCUGAUAUCCCUGAUGUAUUUCCAGAACUCUCAGAACUAAGUGUAUCACAACUUACAGAUAUGAAUGAACAAGAGGAGGUAUUACUAGAACAGUUUCUGACUUUGCCUCAACUAAAACAAAUUAUUACUGACAAGGAUGACUUAAUGAAAAGUAUUGAGGAGCUAGCAAGGAAAAAUCUCCUUUUGGAGCCCAGCUUGGAAGCCAAAAGGCAAACUGUUUUAGAUAAGUAUGAAUUACUUACACAAAUGAAAUCAACUUUUGAAAAGAAGAUGCAAAGGCAGCAUGAACUUAGCGAGAGCUGUAGUGCGAGUGCCCUACAGGCAAGAUUGAAAGUAGCUGCACAUGAAGCUGAGGAAGACUCUGAUAAUAUUGCAGAAGAUUUCUUGGAGGGAAAAACUGAUAUAGAUGAUUUUCUCAGUAGCUUCAUGGAAAAGAGAACAGUAUGUAAUACUCUUCAGUUGAGGACAAGUGACAGCAUUUGCCACUGUAGAAGAGCCAAGGAAGAGAAACUUCAACAAGUGAUAGCAAUGCACAGCCAAUUUCAUGCUCCACUAUAGAUUUUCCUGAAAACAUGAACUGCCAAGAGAGGAAUGGGACACAAAACUAAGCACAUUUAUAUUUAUGAUUUGCAAAUUGGCAUUUCAUUACAGUGGCUGAAUUCAUAGAUACACUAUAUAGAUUGUAUACAGAACUGAGACUGAUUUUGUACAGAUUAGAAUGAUUGCUAUGAUCUUUGCUUUGAGAAAUUUUUCUGCACUAUUUGCACUAAAAAUGUUUAUUUGUUGUUGAUAAAUCCUAUCAUAUUUAAGUUCCACUGCUGUUCCUCUCUUACUGUUGAUUAAAUACCUAUGCAUGUAAUUUUAGCUAGUUUCAAUAUUUUAUAAAAUCACUUCAUUUAAAUUUGUAAUUUUAAUUUGAAACUGCCUCAUUGCUUUAUCAAGAAUGGUUUCGAUUUUUUUCCUCUCAACCUUUUUUGAAAAAUUACCAUUUCAACUGUAGAAAAACUGUUAUUCUUCCUGUUUCUUUCUGUAUGAUAAAACUUUCAAAAAUAAUUUGUUUUUAAAUAUUCACAGUGUCAGGAAACACCAAACCUGCCAAUGUGCUAUCUCAAGGAAGUAACUUUUAAUUCAUACAAUAAAUCAAAAGAGCAAACCA